UUCAGGAAGGAAAAUGAAAGGCAGUGGGAAAAACUUUGCAGAAGAACACCUGUAUUUGGAAUUUUCUUAUCAGGUGGAAAAUUGUAUCUUCCCCCUGCAUACAUCUGUAACCUUGUUUCUGUUGUCUUACUGUGACUGCAAAGAAUUCAGAGUUUUCUUAGUCUCCAGCAAAGAGAAUGCAGAUGUUGCUCUUUUACAAACUGUACUUCCCCAGGAUCUGGAAGUUGGGAUCAUCUCAAGGCAGGAGCUGCCAGUAAUGGUCCAGAGCUGCUGUUUACCUGUGGUAAUGAAGAAAGCCGACAAUUUCUGUCGAGCGGGACUCUCUGUCACAUUAAGACACAUAAUACAGAAAACAUAUGAAGCAGAUACGUCAAAGAAGGAAGUUUUGGAAUUACUGGGUUUUAAGAAGACCUGUUUAAAAGCUUGUGCUGAAGUAAGCCAGUGGACCAGACUCUGUGAGCUCAGCAUCCCGCUCGCUGUGGAGAGGUUCCUAAGUGAGCCUCCUGGGCCCCAGGCCUCUAUCCCAGAGGCAAUGCUGCAGCUGGAGAAGAAGCUCAGGGAGCCUGUGAGAGUGCACAAUGAUGACAAGAUCCGCAGGCAGAAGCUGAAGCGGCAGCAGGAGGCGGAAUUGCCCAGGCAGAGUCCUGGCUCUGGGCUCCGAGGAGCACUCAGAGAAAGUGCCGAGCCUCCCACAGAGAACCUAGAACUCAGGGUGGCAUUAUCCAGACUCAGAGUCCAGGAAGCUCCUUCUGAGAGCACUCGGGAACCUGUGCACAUCAGGAAAGUGCAAACAUCAGACCUGCCGCCUCUGGACCACCUCUUUGCAGAAGGCCUCUAUUUCACCCUUGCUGAUCUAGUCCUUUUGCCCUGUAUCCAUCAGUUUCUGGCUCACAUCUGGAAGAAGCCCUGUGGAAUUCUCACACAUUUACCUCUGAUAGCUUCCUGGUACCAGAAGAUUCAGGAAGUUCCUGGAGUAAUAAAAGCGGCAGCUAAAUGCAGGAUGCAGUUUCUUCAGUUGUCAGACUUCCUGCCCACCUUGGAUAAGCAGUCACCAAUUUUGAGUGAGAGUCCUGAAAUGGAAGAGAAAAACUGCAUGCAUUUUAUAGGAGGACCAAGGCCAACCAUUUCCAAACUGAUGAAAAAAGGCAUCGAGGCAAAGUUUUCUCCCCAUCCUUGCCCCAACUGGACCCUUGAUUGGAGCAGUCUGCCUGCAGCAGUAUGUCCAGAGGAGGGCAACAUGUCCACUGAACGUGCUUUGAGAAAGCAACAGCAAUUAAACAACCUGGUCUCUGUGGUGACAAAUAUGGCCAAACCUGGUGACAUAGUUGUGGAUUUCUGCAGUGGAGGGGGACAUGUUGGAAUUGUCCUCGCUCACAUGCUGCCAUCAUGCCAGGUGGUAUUGAUUGAAAACAAAGAGUUAUCAUUAGUGCGGGCUAAGAAGAGAAGUGAUGACCUGGGUCUGAGCAACAUUUGGUUCAUCCAAGCAAAUCUGGACUAUUUUACAGGGAAGUUUAAUAUUGGGGUGGCUUUACAUGCUUGUGGAGUGGCCACAGACAUGGUAAUUGAGCAUUGCACCAAGGCUCAGGCUGCCUUUGUUACAUGCCCUUGCUGUUAUGGUUUUAUUCAGAACACCCUGAAGUUUACAUUUCCACGAAGUGAACCAUUCAAGGAAGUUUUAUCCUACAAGGAACACAUGAUUCUUUGCAGAUUUGCAGAUCAGACAGCUGUCCAGCUACCUCUAGAACGAAGACUAAUAGGCAAACAGUGUAUGUGUCUUGUGGAUGUGGAUCGGGCCUGGGCUGCACAAGAGCAUGGCUAUUCCGUCCGAGUGAUAUCCAUGGAGCCUGAAAGUUGCUCUCCAAAAAAUAACAUGAUAGUAGGUGUCCCUGUUUAGGCCAGGAUACUAUUUCCAUUUGAUUUUUUUAGUCAUCGUAAUCAAAACCCAGUUAUUAGGAGCCUCCUGAUCAAUCUAGGAAGCCCCCACAGACAUCUCAAACCCAUCAUCUUUGGAAAAGAAAGCAUUGAGAGAAAUCUGCAAAGCCAGGCUGUGCCUGCAAAGCACUAUGAGUCCUGCUUAUGGCAUUCGGAUUAGGCGACUGCUGGUUCUCAUGGUGAGAACCCCCAGCAGCACCAGCUGCCUGCUGAGGAAUGUUCACUUCGCUGUCUUUCAAAGAACUGUCCUUUGACUGGAGAGAUGAUUUCCUUCUUGGCACAGAAGUUUUCCUCUUGGCACUGCUCAUUUGACAUGGCAGCUUAAAAUACUUUGAGCCUUCUUUUAUGAGUUGUCCUGAUCUCUACAUGGAAAGAAAAGCUGGGUCUUUAACAAAAAUUAAUCUUUUAUUUUGUUUUGUUUUAAACAAUUUUACUUCCUUUAUUAAAAAAAUUUUU